AUGGGUUCCGUAGCUUCCCCUCCACCCCACUCCUCUGACCAUCCCGCCAUUGCCGAAUAUCCUCCCCAGUCGUUGAACAAACCGGAGAGGCUCAUCUCUUCGACAUGGCAAAUUCUUGAACAGCCGCCCCCUCCAAGCUUGCGCGAGAUUCUUGGAGCGUACCGUACACGCGGGGACGGUGACAGAGAGAUGUUGAUGGCCAUGCUUAAUGCGAAAAGCGCCGAAGAUCAGCGGAUAGCUUCUAUGGCUUCCUUACAUCGCUCAAUGCUCGAGUAUUAUCAGCUCGUCCCACCCUCGGCCCAUCAAAGCCCCAAUGACCACCCCUAUUUGGAGUCAUUUGGUGCUUAUUCUCAUCCAGGGCUCUCUCCUCAAUCGAAUGGAAAUCCUUCGUCAUACUCUCCCCGUAUCAACAAAGAGCCACAUAGGUCCUCACAUACAGUUCAUCCGCGCAAACGCCAUCGGACAUCCGAGUCCCCACAUGCAAAUCAUCACUCAGUCCCACGUGCUCCCACGCCAUCGUCACCACCGCAGCUACCUUCGUCACCUUACUCGUCCACUCGAAGCGACUCUACACAACACUCGCCACAUUCGCGGAGUGCUAUGGACAUCGGCUCUCUUCUAUCUGCGGGCGCUCGCGAGGCGGCACGUGAGGAGGCAGAGAGACGGGGAUCGCCCCGAGACGGCAUCAUGGACCGCGCUGCUCCUGUGCGAGGCCACCAUUCAAACGCGAAUUCUGUUGCAGUUGUUUCGGUUUGA